GUCUUCACCCGGAUCGGUCGACUUCAGUUGGUAUGGACCUUGAUCAUUACUUGAGUCUUGUCAAAUGCUCAAUUUGCUUGGAUGUUAUAGUUCAGCCUUGCACUUUGGGUUGUGGCCAUUCAUUCUGUGAGCUUUGCGUUGAUGAAGCUAUCAACUACGAUGAUCGUUGUCCAGAAUGCCGCCAGUAUACGCAAGGAAUUUGUAUCAGAAACUUGCGAUUGAGCGAUAUAAUCCAGGUUGUGGUAAGCCACCAAAGUGACGCAGAACUGAGCAGAUACAAAUGGAGAGAAAGAGAAAACGAAGCUGCACUGACGGUACGAAAGCGAGCACGAAUAAUACUGUUUUCCGUGCUCUACCCAAGAAAAGAAUCGUUAACGAUUGAAGAAAUCGAGGAUGAGUGGAGGCACUUGCGCCCCGACAACAAACCAUUUGAUGACAAACUUAUGAGUGAGAUAUCGCGCAUGAUUAGCUCUAAUCACACAUUUUUUGAAGUCGUGAACGUUGAAGGAGGGAAACGGGUUUCGAUGAAAAUGGGUGUCGAACAGGGGAGUCCAUAA